UAUUCGAUGAAAUUAAUUUAAGUGAAGAGAUACAUUAUGACAAUAAUUUAGACGAAUUCAAAGGUAUUGCUGAUAACGGUAAAACGCGUACUUCUGAAAAUGCUAAAAGUGCGUUAGUAGCAAUGAUCAGAUGGAUUAAUAGGCCCUGGAAGCAAGUUAUUGGUUACUGGUUAUUAAGUAAAAAUGACAAUUCAAGUUUAACUCACGAAAUAAUGGAAGAAACUGUGGUGAAAUUAUUUGAAGUAAAUCUAAUAGUGAAAGCUCUGAUCUGCGAUCAAGGGCCCAGAAAUCAAGGCAUGUUCAAAAAACAUAAAAUGACUCCAACAAAACCAUUCUUUAAAGUUCCAGGAUAUGAUCAUAAAAUUUAUUUCAUUUAUGACCCACCACAUUUGUUGAAGUCUAUUCGUAAUAAUUUAUUUAAAAAACAUUUCAAGUAUGAUGGCGGUUACGCACGUUGGUCAGUUUUAGAAAAAAUAUUUUCUCUUAGCAAAGAAAGUCCUUUGCAUUUAAUUCCUAAAAUAACUGAAAGACAUCUAUACAAUAUUUCAAAUGGUGAUAAAAUGUCAGUAUCGUUAGCUGCACAAGUAUUCUCAAAGUCGAUGUAUACAGCUCAUUUAGUUUAUACUACUAUAGAUGCAAGUAAUUUCCCAGAAGAUGAUACAACUGGAAAAAUGAUUUGGGAUUUAGACAGAUUAUUUGAUUCUUUGAAUUCUAGACUUGAACGGCCAAUACUAGAGAGUUUGGAAAAACUAAACUAUGCAAUUUCAAAAGAUUCAAAGCAUCACGAAUUUUUGAGAAACAUGAUUGAUAAAUUGGAUAAGAGUUCUUUUGUUCAGAAUAAAGAUAGUGAUAAAGCAAGGCCGCCGUGUUUGAACGGAUUUAAAAUUACAAUUAAUAGCGUUUUGCAACUGUCUGAAGAACUUCGCGUGGAAUAUGACAUCCCGAUUCUUAAAACUCGUCAAUUAAACCAAGAUCCAUUGGAAAAUUUAUUCGCAACUAUUCGACAGCAACAUGGUUGCUCUGUUAAUCCCUCACCAAAACAAUUUGAAUCUGGUUUGAGGCAUAUUUUUAUAACUCAGCUGAGUAAAUUAUCAAACGCUACUAAUUGUGAAGAAGAUCAAAAUAAAAUUUUUGCCAAACUGAGUAAAAUUGAAUCAGCAACAAUUUUAAUUCCUGUCAAAGAAUUCUUAAAUAAUAAAUUAUCAGUACCAAGCAUCAUGAACAAUUUUGAAAAUGAUAUGAAGCGCACAAAAAAAUCAGAAUUCACAGAAUCGAAUGCAGUUUAUUAUAUUUGUGGUUAUUUAGCUAAAAAAUUUAUUAAAUCUCAUAAUACUUGUAGACAAUGUGUUGAUUAUUUAAUUUUACCAAGAGAAAACAAAUCUUUUGAAGAUUAUAAGUUAUUCACUUUGCUAAAAGAUUGUGCUGAUGCUAAUGGCCUUAAAUAUUCAUCAAAAAUAUUGUUUGACUCAGUGUUAGAGUGGGAGAAAACAUAUCAAAGUGUUAUUAAAAAUUUCUUCCAUUUAAAAAAAAUUUCUUGCUAUCUUAAUCCAGUUUUAAUUGAUCGCACUCCAAAAUUUAAAUUAUGUACUGAAAAAGCAACAAAUGCUUUUAUUAAUUCAUUCAUUAAAAUUCGCUGCUUUUGGGAAGCUAGAUUUAGACGACGUGCUGCGAAAUCUGCCGAUACCAACACCAAACAAAAAGUUAAGAAAUCAAAAAUGAAAAAGUUUACUAAUAAAAACACAAUUUGCCAAAAAGUAAAGAAAGUGAUACCAAGUAAUGAAGCCAAAAAUAUACAGCCUUCCGAAAAAUAA